AUGGGCCGCCUCAACAUCAACAACAUCAACCCGCACGUCCGCGCGGCCGAAUACGCCGUCCGUGGCGAGCUCGCCGUCAAGUCGGAGGAGCUGCGUGCCCAGCUGAGCAAGGGUACCACCAGCCUGCCCUUUGACCAAGUCAUCUCGGCCAACAUUGGCAACCCCCAGCAGCUGGACCAGAAGCCCAUCACCUUCUUCCGCCAGGUCCUCAGUCUGCUGGAGAACCCCCAGCUCCUCGAGAAGGAGGAUGUCCUGAUCAACGGCCUGGGCUACAAGACGGACGUUGUUGAGCGUGCCAAGUGGCUGCUCAAGAACUGCGGCUCUGUUGGUGCCUACAGUGCCAGCAGCGGUGUAUACGCCAUCAAGGAGAGCAUUGCCAAGUUCCUCGAGAGAAGAGAUGGCUUCCCCGCCAACCCUGCCAACAUCUACCUCUCUGCCGGUGCCUCGUCCGGCGUCAACACCCUUCUUCACAUCCUCGCCGAGUCCCCCAAGUCCGGUGUGCUCGUCCCUAUCCCCCAAUACCCUCUUUACACCGCCACCCUCUCCGUCCUCAACGCCACCUGCGUUCCCUACUACCUCGACGAGUCCAAGGCCUGGGGCACCGACCUCGAGGCCAUCCGUUCCUCUUAUGAAAAGGCCAAGUCCGAGGGUGUCGAUGUCCGCUGCAUCGUCAUCAUCAACCCUGGCAACCCCACUGGAGCCUCUCUGUCCGAGGCUGAUGUGCGCGCCGUGAUCGACUUCGCCAGCAAGGAGAAGCUCGUCAUCAUGGCCGACGAGGUCUACCAGACCAACGUCUUCAUCGGCCAGUUCCACAGCUUCAAGGGCGUUCUGCGCAAGCUUCAGCAGGAGAACCCCGGAAAGUACGACGACGUCGAGCUGGCCUCUCUUCACAGUGUCUCCAAGGGCAUGGUGGGCGAGUGCGGUCACCGUGGCGGUUACUUUGAGCUUGUUGGAUUCGACGCCGAAGUCGAAGCCACCAUUUACAAGUUCGUCUCCAUCAUGCUCUGCGCUCCCGUCAUUGGCCAGUGCCUCGUCGAGCUCAUGGUCAACCCUCCCCAGCCCGGCGAGCCCUCGUUCGAGCUCUACGACAAGGAGUACAACGGCAUUGCCAACGGCCUCCGCGAGCGCGCCAACGCCCUCCACAAGGCCUUUGAGCAGAUGGAGGGCGUCGAGUGCGGCGAGCCCCAGGGCGCCAUGUACCUCUUCCCCACCAUCACCCUUCCCCAGAAGGCCAUUGACGCCGCCACUGCCGAGGGCCGCAAGCCCGAUGAGUUCUACUGCAUGAGGCUGCUCGAGGCCACCGGCGUCUGCGUCGUCCCCGGCAGCGGCUUCGGCCAGCGGGAGGGCACCCUGCACUUCCGCACUACUUUCCUUGCCCCUGGAACCGAGUGGGUGAGCCGGAUCACCAAGUUCCACCAGGAGUUCAUGGACAAGUACAGGUAA